UCCACCGUUGUCUCAUCAAGUCCUCCAUCAGCCAGGGCCCGCACGAAGAAGUCAUCCGCUCCACCAAGCAAGUCGAACACUGACCUCAAGUCAUCUGCUCCAUCACCCAAGUCGGACAUUGACAUCAAGUCAUGGAAGAUCCUGUCGACCAAGUCAGCCGCUCGUUCCGAUCAAGCUAAGGCAAUCGUCCCAGUCGUCGAUCUUGGUCAAACUCCUGAAUCUACUGCUUCGCACAAGGACGUCGAAUUGGUCGAGCCCGCUGCAGCAACCAGCGAAACCCCUGGGCCCACCGGUGUCGAACACACUAUGGUCAACAAUCGUUCUACGACCCCCAAGCCUCCUCAUUCCAUCCUUGGCCAGAUGUUCAACGAGAUUUUUGGCCAUGCCUCCGACUGCAGAAUGAACCUGAAGAUCAAGUUCCAGAGUUUCCUCUAUGAGCUGGACAAGACUGCUUCUCACUAUGAACACUUACCCGAAUAUCCAACUGUGGAAGCCAAGAUUCCCCAGCUUGCCCAAAGGCUUACUCUCAACAACCUGAGUGCCUUCCUCCAGGCUGCCGCAAGACGCGCAUCAUGGGAGGCUGUCAGAGACUUGCAGGAGACUGAAGUGCUGGUCUUCCAGAACCUGAACCGUGCCAUUGGUCUUCUGAAAGCAAAACCUUCCUUGGACAAGACCGAAAUUGACGUGAUUAUGGGCCACCUCACCGUGAUCAACACUACCAUGAAGACUUUCUGUACUCGCGUGUCUGCCCGCCUCACGCUUACCCCUGAGCAGAGCGCAAUUUUCAACGAAAAUGACCUUGAGACUACUCAGCUUCUCGUUUUCCGUCUGAUGGUUACUGCCAACCUGCCUGCAGUCGAGGAGCGUCUCCGUCUUCUCUGGGCUGUUGCGCCUGUCUAUCACAUGAGACUGCGCUUCUCUGUCUGGUCUCAGAACCUCUCUGGGCAGACCAUGCUAGAGACACGUGCUGCUGCUGUUGCUAGUACUUUUACUGGCGAGGACGAGGUCGUGAAGGAGGCAAAGGAGGCCCGUGGCCUCAAGAGAAAGGCUGAGGAGGAGCUUGAGGAGCAGUGA